CUACUCCAUUACACUCGCCCCUUUCUGGACAACCACUGAACAAAACCACUCUCUCAAUUCUCAUCUUCUCCGGCGACCUCCCCGGCGGAAGAUGUAUUUUCCGAUUUCCCUCCCUUUCAGAUCCAGACUUGCUGUUUCCUUCUCCGAUCAUCGUCGUCAUGUUUUCCACGAAAAGUCUCUGAGAUAAAACCCCCUUUCUUUCUCUUAUUUCCCUUCUUUCCCUAUUCUGUAUACUUGCUUCUUGCUCCAGCAUUUUUCCGCAGGUAUCGUCUCUUCCGAUCUGUGUAUAUAUUUUUGCGGUGGUUUUUCCUUUGUCUUUUCGAUCGCUGCACGGAUAAUCUGAGUAUCGAGUCACUUAAUUGGAUUAGUGGUGGAAAGGCAACAUUGAUUCUGGAGCUGUCUUGUACUUCGUUUUUUAGUUUGAAGUUUUGGAGUUGGGAGAUUGUGAAUGUACAUGCAACUUUCUGGAGUUUAUUUCUCUGAUUUUUUCCUAUUGUGAGUCCGUGAAUUUCAAUGUCAGUCAUUGUUAGUCAUCAGUCUCUGUAAAUCGAGCUGCACAGUGCAGAGUUUCAGGAGGCGUAGGUAGAAAUUUUCGUCCGGAGCAAAUCUGUACUGUUCUAUUUUUGUCUUUUGUGUUCUGGAAAUCUCUUGAAGGAGACGAGAUUUUUCUCUGUUUCUUCUCGGUCAUGCCUUUCCCGAUGAAGAUCCAACCGAUCGAUAUCGAUGUUCGGACGGUGAGAGAGCAGGUUCGGACCGACACAGCCAAGCCUCUGUUCAAAUCGCGACUCAGGCGACUUUUCGAUCGGCCAUUUCCGAGCGUUCUGAGAAGUUCUACGGUAGAGAAACCGAUUGUAGGGGAACCGGCUCAGUUUAGCAGAGGAACUGAGUUCGAGCCAAGCUCGGUUUGCUUAGAUAAAAUGGUGCAAAAUUUUAUAGAGGAGAGCAACGAGAAGCAGCCGGUGGCCGUGAAGUAUGGCCGCAAUCGCUGCAAUUGCUUCAACGGCAACAGCAACGACAGUUCCGACGACGAAUUCGAUGUAUUUGGGGGUUUCGGUGAAUCGAUCACCUCCGGAUCAUCCGGUGGCGAUGCAUGUGAUAUACUCAAGAGUUUAAUUCCUUGCGCGAGCGUUACGGAGAGAAACCUUUUGGCAGACGCUUCGAAAAUUGUUGAGAAGCACAACAAAGUUCAUAAAAGGAAAGACGAUUUACGAAGAAUCGUAACUGAUGGCCUCUCAUCUCUCGGUUACAAUUCCUCCAUCUGCAAAUCCAAAUGGGAGAAAUCCCCCUCUUUCCCAGCUGGUGAAUACGAAUACAUGGAUGUGAUUGUGGACGGAGAACGAUUACUUAUAGACAUCGAUUUCAAGUCCGAAUUCGAGAUCGCCCGUUCGACUGGAACAUACAAGGCGAUUCUCCAGACACUGCCGUACGUCUUCGUCGGAAAAUCGGAUCGUCUCGGACAAAUUGUAUCCAUUGUAUCGGAAGCGGCCAGGCAGAGCUUGAAGAAGAAAGGAAUGCACUUCCCGCCGUGGAGGAAGGCAGAGUACAUGCUCGCGAAAUGGCUCUCUUCUCCGAUUAGAACCGCCGAUUUAGUCACCAACUCUCCUCCAGAGGCCGAACCCGAAGUAAUCUUACCUCAAAUCCACAACGACCCGCUUGUAACCGACACCGAUUGCGGUGAAUUCGAGUUAAUAUUCGGCGAGGAAUCCGCUCCGAGCGAAUCCUUCACCGCCGAUCCCAUAUCGCCGUCGUCGACGUCAAUCUCCAGCGAUAAAAAACCGCCGGCGGGAACUGCUUCCCCGUGGCAACCCCCUGCAGUCAAGCCAAAGAGCAUAGAUAAAGGAGCUAAGAUAGUCACCGGAUUAGCUUCCCUUCUCAAAGAGAAAUCUUGAGAAAAAAAAAAAAAAA